AUGCCUGGCACUAGCCGAAUAUACAUCGAGCCAGCCAAUUUCUGCUCGUCCUUCGCCUGGUCUGCAUCCCCCUCAUCCGCCUCCGCCUCUCCAUUCCUUCGCUUCGGUACCCCAUCCGGAGGCGAAAGGCACGGCUACCACCAGACUUCAACCCCUUCGACAGCCGCCGCCGAUGCCGAAUCUACAAGAGAGCCUGCAUUCUCCGUCGCCAGUCACAUCGCCUCAAUUGUUGCCAAGCCUUCCACGGCGAGGUAUCCCCAACACCGCUCCAAUCGGCUGCUCCGCACUCGCGCCGUGCGUGUAGGUUAA